AUGGAAAUGGCAAACAAGAAGUUGGGUAUGGUUACCGCAUUGUUGUUGGGGAUAUUAGUGAUGGCCUUGGUGGCUAAUGGUGAGCAAAGCAUAUGCAACAUGAGCAAAGAGGGUUUCAAAUCAUGUGAGCCAUCCGUGACUGGUCAAAACCCUCCCCCACCCUCGGCCGCCUGUUGCUCGGCUCUUUCAAAGGCCGAUAUGCAAUGCCUCUGCCUCUUCAAGAACUCAAGGCUUCUGGGUCUGUAUGGUAUUGACCCCAAUGUUGCCAUGCAGCUCCCUGAUAAAUGCAAUCUUGGCCAGUCUUUCCAUUGUUAA